UAAGCCCUUUCUUUGGGUAAGAAAAGCAUAUAUGACACCAGAAUAUUCUUAGCUAGUCUUGGAUAUAUAAAAGCAUUUUCAAAAAUAUCAUGAAAAGACAUGAUUACUAUUUGAAUUUGUCGAGUUAAUGCUCAAAUCAAUCUGAAUUUUCAAUACUAAUUAAUUUGGACCAAAUUGGAUGAGAGAGAGAGAGAGAGAGAGAGAGAAUGGAUAUCGGAGUUGACAGUGGUGGCCUUUCCGAAGCGCAAACUCGGCUAGUAGAUGUAGAUGUAGAUGUAGAUGAUGUGGUGGCGGGCUUUGUCGAUUUUAAAGGCCGCCCCGCCGUUCGAUCCAAAUCCGGAUUAUGGAAGUCCGCUUCUUUCAUCAUAGGCGUGGAAGUGGCGGAGAAAUUUGCAUGUAACGGAAUAAGUUCAAAUCUCAUCACCUAUCUGACGGGGCCGUUAGGACAAUCGACGGCGUCUGCGGCCGCAAACGUCAAUGCAUGGAACGGCGCGGCGGCGCUUCUGCCGCUGUUGGGUGCUUUCGUGGCCGACUCAUUUUUGGGCAGAUACCGUACCAUUAUUAUUUCCGUUGUGGUCUACAUUUUGAGCUUGGGCUUCUUGUCUCUCUCGGCUUCCCUUCACUAUGAGUGCAAAGCCGAAGCAAAUACCUCGGAGUGCUCUCCUCCUUUGCAGGAACUCGUUUUCUUCUACCUCUCUCUCUACUUGGCUGCAUUUGCCGAAGGCGGAAUGAGGCCUUGCAUACAAGCUUUCGGGGCCGAUCAGUUCGACGGGGACGACAUCAAUGAGUCCAAAUCCAAAAGCUCCUUCUUCAACUGGUGGUAUUUCGCGAUGAAUGCAGGCGCUCUGCUAGCCCUCUUGAUCUUGAACUAUAUUCAAGAUAAUCUCAGCUGGGAACUCGGCUUCGGGAUCCCCUGCUUCGUCAUGAUCCUUGCCCUCCUUCUUUACUUGCUCGGCUCCUUCACCUACCGCUUUCGCCUACACACUGAUGCGAAGAAUCCCUUCAUUAGGAUCGGCCGCGUCUUCAUGAACGCGGUGGGGAAUCGUCACACCACCCCUUCUGCAUCAGAGCAAACCAGAAUGAAGAUUGUCGACAGGGCCACAUCCGAAGGGUGCAGGUGUAGUGGGCGGGACAUUGACGACGCCAGGGCGCUCCUCAGCCUCCUCCCCAUUUGGUGCACGUGUUUGGGCUUUGCGGUCGUGAUCUCGCAAAGCUCCACAUUGUUCACCAAACAGGGCCAAACAAUGAACCGUGAGAUCUAUCACGGCCUCGAGAUUCCCGCCGCCACGCUGCAGUCCCUGGCAUGCCUGGCUGUCGUCGUCCUCAUGCCGGUCUACGACUGGGUCCUGGUCCCGGCUGCCCGGGCCGUGACCAGGCGACCCACAGGAAUAUCCAUGCUCCAGCGAAUCGGAGCUGGAUUGUUCCUGUCGUUGCUCUCUAUGGUGAUUGCCGCGCUCGUUGAGAUGCGGCGCCUCGCCACUGCGGCCGAGUACGGGCUGGUGGACGACGCGGGCGCGACUCUCCCGAUGAGCGUGUGGUGGCUGGCGCCCCAGUACGUGCUGUUCGGUUUGGCGGACGUGUUUGUGAUGGUUGGGCUUCAGGAAUUCUUCUAUGAUCAAGUCCCUAGUGACUUGAAAAGUAUGGGGCUUGCCUUGUACCUUAGUAUCUUGGGAAUUGGGGAUUUCUUAAGCAGUUUUUUAAUAGCUUUAAUCGAGUCCAUCACCAGCCGAGCUGGGCACGAUAGUUGGUUCGCCGCCAACAUGAAUCGAGCGCAUGUUGAUUAUUUCUACUGGUUGCUAGCAGGGAUUAGUGCACUUGUGAUGUUAGCUUAUGCUUUCUUUGCAAAAUCUUAUGUUUAUAAGGGAAGAGAUUUGGAGUAUUCUUAUUAGAGUAUUUAUUAUCUAUGCAACUAUAACUCUGUAUAUAAAUCAAGUAUUAAUGUAAGAUUUAUUUUGUAGAUUAGGUAUGAGGUAAAUGGGAUGAGUUCGAAUUGGAAUC